AUGGCCGACACACCUGCUCCUUACUCCGGUCCCAUGUUGACCUUCAUCAGUGGCGACGGCGUGCACAUUGAGUGUGAACGUGAUGUUGCCGAGCGCUCCCUCCUCAUCAAGAACAUGCUGGAAGAUUUGGGUGACGCCAACGAGGAGAUUCCGAUCCCUAAUGUCAACGAAGCUGUUCUGAAGAAGGUCAUCGAAUGGUGCAGACACCACAAGAACGACCCCCCCAGCACUGGCGAGGAGGAUGAUUCCCGCCGCAAGACCACCGACAUCGACGAGUGGGAUCAGAAGUUUACCCAGGUUGACCAGGAGAUGUUGUUCGAGAUCAUUCUGGCCGCAAACUACCUCGACAUUAAGGGUCUUCUGGAUGUCGGAUGCAAGACUGUCGCAAACAUGAUCAAGGGCAAGUCUCCGGAAGAGAUCCGCAAGACCUUCAACAUCCAGAACGACUUCACCCCCGAGGAGGAGGAUCAGAUCCGCCGUGAGAACGAGUGGGCCGAGGACCGCUAA